GGAGAGCGUGAGCGCGCGCAAGCUAGCGAGCAAGCCGGAGAGACGAGAGAGGGACCAGGAGAGAGACCCAGAGAAAGAGAAGAGGAAGCCGAGCUCUGGGAGGACUUAAUCUCCAACUUGUUUCAUUUCAUUCAUCCUUCUCUCCUCUCGGCCUCGGGGAAGUGACCGUGGCUCUUGGGAUCUCACAGGUCUCUCCAAGUUGGUGCCUAAGAAAAUGAUAGUCACACAGAUGAGUCACUUCUACACAACCAGCCUUGGGUUUCUUUUUCUGAUUAAUAUUUUUCCUGGAAUAACUGGCCAGGGGGAAUCAAGACGACAAGAACCUGGGGACUUUGUGAAGCAGGAUAUUGGCGGACUCUCUCCUAAGCAUGCCCCAGAUAUUCCUGAUGACAGCACUGACAACAUCACUAUAUUCACCAGAAUUUUAGAUCGUCUUCUGGAUGGCUAUGACAACCGACUACGACCUGGGCUUGGAGAUGCAGUGACUGAAGUGAAGACUGAUAUCUAUGUGACCAGUUUUGGCCCUGUGUCAGACACUGAUAUGGAGUACACCAUUGAUGUAUUUUUUCGACAGACAUGGCAUGAUGAAAGAUUGAAAUUUGAUGGCCCCAUGAAGAUCCUUCCACUGAACAAUCUCCUGGCUAGUAAGAUCUGGACCCCUGACACCUUCUUUCACAAUGGCAAGAAAUCAGUAGCCCAUAACAUGACCACACCUAACAAGCUGCUCAGACUGGUGGACAAUGGAACCCUCCUCUACACAAUGAGGUUAACAAUUCAUGCUGAGUGCCCCAUGCAUUUGGAAGAUUUUCCUAUGGAUGUGCAUGCCUGCCCACUGAAGUUUGGAAGCUAUGCCUAUACAACAGCUGAAGUGGUUUAUUCUUGGACUCUUGGGAAGAACAAAUCUGUGGAAGUAGCACAGGAUGGCUCCCGCCUGAAUCAGUAUGACCUGCUGGGCCAUGUUGUUGGGACAGAGAUAAUCCGGUCUAGUACAGGAGAAUAUGUCGUCAUGACAACCCACUUCCAUCUCAAGCGAAAAAUUGGCUACUUUGUGAUCCAGACCUACUUGCCAUGUAUCAUGACUGUCAUUCUGUCUCAAGUGUCUUUCUGGCUCAACAGAGAGUCUGUCCCUGCCCGUACGGUCUUUGGUGUCACCACUGUUCUCACCAUGACCACUUUGAGUAUCAGUGCCAGAAACUCCUUACCUAAAGUGGCAUACGCGACGGCCAUGGAUUGGUUCAUAGCCGUCUGUUAUGCCUUUGUAUUUUCUGCGCUGAUUGAAUUUGCCACUGUUAACUACUUCACCAAGCGGAGUUGGGCUUGGGAAGGCAAGAAGGUGCCAGAGGCCCUGGAGAUGAAGAAGAAAACACCAGCAGCCCCAACAAAGAAAACCAGCACCACCUUCAACAUCGUGGGAACCACCUAUCCCAUCAAUCUGGCCAAGGACACUGAGUUCUCCACCAUCUCCAAGGGCGCUGCUCCCAGUGCCUCCUCAACCCCAACAAUUAUUGCUUCGCCCAAGACCACCUACGUGCAGGACAUCCCGACCGAGACCAAGACCUACAACAGUGUCAGCAAGGUUGACAAAAUUUCCCGCAUCAUUUUUCCUGUGCUUUUUGCCAUUUUUAAUCUGGUCUACUGGGCCACCUAUGUCAACCGGGAGUCAGCUAUCAAGGGCAUGAUCCGCAAACACUAGAUAGUGGUGAUGCAGCAACCAGAGCACUGUAUACCCUAGGAAGCAUCCAGGCACCUAAACCCCAGGGCUCCCCUUUCUGUGUUUCAGGAUUCUUCUUUUUGACUCUCUACCAAGCUGUGACUCUCAAUAUUUAUGAAUCUUAACGAAAAAAA